AUGUCUGCUACCACUUCUACUAUUAACGUUCAAGGAAAUUUAUCCUUUGCUAAAAAGGAUAGAACACAUCAAGUAUUUUUUACGACACUAGAAAGUAUUAAUAAGAAUUUAUCUAUAUCGCAAGACAUUCGGGAUAUUGCACAAAAUCUCAUAGAAAACAGAAAGAGUGAUGUAAAUAUAGUAGAUUUUUCUUCAAAAAAACCAUGUAUAAUACCUGAUAUAAGUCACUUUUGUUUUGAUGAAGACAUACCUUUGCAAGUCAAUAGUUCAGCAAUAAAUAUUCUUGAAGUAAUGAAGUCUGCUGUUCGAACUUUUAAUAAGAAUACUAUUGCACGAGGAUCUUCCCGCUCUUACAAAAGUUCUAAUCAUUUGCAAGUGGAUUCCAAGUGCAAUGUACAUGUUCCCAGAGAGAGCGUUUAUGAUGCAGAGAUGUAUCGAAUCCUGCAUAAUUGGCUUGCGGAG